GUUAUUGCAAAAACAGCACAAUCGAGAGAAAUAAAAUCAACGUAUUUCCUGCUAUCUCUGCGCCUUCAAAAACUUCUCAGUGUGGCUUAAAAUCAAGAAUUUUAUUACUGUUGACAACAAAACAGAGAGCAAUGGACGAUGCAAAGCUGCGUCGGAGUGUCUACAAAAGCAUUGACAGCUUUUCCCAUUUACCAGCUGGCCAGGCCCAGGGCUAUCUGCAGGCUAGCCUGAAGAACUCCCUCGACUAUGUGCAGCGUUUGGCGCUAAUGGACACCUUAAAAAUACACAACGGGUGUGUUAAUACGGUUAAUUGGAAUGCCAGUGGCACGUAUUUGGUGUCCGGUGCCGAUGACAACCACUUGGUAAUCACCGAUGCCAAGAACUAUCGAGUGGCACUCAAGAGUCCAACAAAGCAUAAGCGGCACAUCUUCAGUGCCCGCUUUAUGCCAAAUACCAAUGAUCAGGCGGUUAUCUCGUGCUCUGGCGAGGGCCUCGUCAUUCAUACUGAGUUCUUGACACUCUAUGGAGCUGGAAAGGCCAAUGUGGAGGAGGCACUUAUCAAAGAUCAGGAUCGCCACAGCAGCCACUUUAGUUGCCAAAAAUAUGGCACCACUUACGAUGUGUUGCCGCUGACCGACAAUCCCCGCACCUUCAUCAGCUGCGGCGAGGACUGCACCGUCCGCUGUUUCGACUUGCGUAUCAGCAGCAAAUGCGCCUCUCGUGUGUGCACCAAACACGCUUAUAUUGUGGCGCCCACUUCCAUUACCGCCAUGGAUGUUUCGCCUGUCCAUUAUAAUCUUUUGGCCGCCGGCUGUACCGACUCCAUCAUACGCAUCUACGAUCGUCGCAUGCUCGGCACACCCAAUACCACGAAUGGAGCGAAUGGGGUGAAUGGCCCCGAGGCCACAUCGCGCGUUCUGAAGGCCUAUCCCAUUCCCAUGGAGUAUACGCAUCGCCACUACCGUCCGACUUGCGUCAAAUUCAGUCCAAACGAAUCAGAACUGCUUAUCAGCUACUCGAUGGACCACAUAUAUCUAUAUGAUUUGAAGCAUCCAGGCUAUUCGGAUGCCAAGCUCUUAAAGAGCGAUUGCUAUACGGAUAAGGUGCGUCGCGAGGACGCCUUUUCUGAUCCAAAUCAGGAAAUGCCGCGGCUUCGCUUUCGCGGAGAUUGGUCCGACACCGGUCCCAAUUCCAUGCCCCCCACCGAGGGCAUCGAACGACCGAACAUAGGCCAAGCCCGACCCUCUCUCACGCCGAACGUGCUAAGUCGCCUCAGCGACGAGAUCAUUCGUAUGAUUAAUUCCCACUCACGUCUUGGACGCACCCUUGCUCUGCGCGGGCCCAGAGCCGUUGAGGCUUUCAUUAGUAAUUUGGAAAACAGGGCAGCGGCUGCCAAUCGAGGACCGCCGGUACGGGAAGUUGUGGCUUCACCUGAACUGGAGUUGGCAGAGCGGCCAGCAGGGCUAGCGCCAUUAAGGAACGGUCAGGGCACAGAGAAGGAAGCAGAAUCCUUUGGCCUGAUCCGCGCAGCUAAAAAAGAUGACAAUGGCGAAGGCGCAGACGAAGGCGAUGGCAACAACGAUGAGCCAAACGAUAACGAGGAAGGGGAGGAUGGCCAAAAGUAUCCAAUUACGGAAUUCAAUUACGUCAUAAAGAAGUUCACCGGCCACCGAAAUUCCCGCACCAUGGUGAAGGGUGCCUCCUUCUGGGGCGACGAUUUCAUAAUGUCCGGCUCGGAUUGCGGUCACAUUUUCAUCUGGAAUCGCCAUACGGCCAAAGUGGUGAAGAUUCUGGUUGCCGAUAAUCGUGUCGUCAAUCGCGUGCAGCCACAUCCGACCUUGCCGUAUCUGGCCAGUUCGGGCAUUGAUUACAAUGUCAAAUUGUGGGCCCCUAUUGAGCCGACACCCAGAAACGACGAUAAGGCCAUCGUUACACUGAUGAAAAGCAAUGAGAUUAUGCUAGAGGAGGCGCGUUCUACCAUUACCGUGCCGGCUCCGGUUAUGAUACGCGUGCUGGCCAAUAUGCAUCAGUCCCGUCAAAGGGCGAACAGUGAUAAUGCUCCGCCAAAUGAGGCCCAACCCGCUCCAACUCCCGAGGAGGCUGUUGCCAGAGAAGAAGAGACUGCUAUGGCAGGAUCGGCAGCUACUGCUGGCCAGCAAAACGUUGCCAACGACGACGAAGACGACAACAAUGGCGCUCAGAACUUUCAUUAAAAAUCUAGUCAUAGCUUCUAAGAACGGGCUGUCAGCUCCACACACACACGCACAACAUCUACAAACCUGGAUCGAACCUACACAUACAACGAAUUAGAAAAAAAAUACAAAAUUACAUACAUUCCCAUCAACCAUUACACUUAUGCCUCCCUUCGUUGCUUUCUCCUCCAAACGACUCAAAAAUCAAGGGACAACACAUGAAUGAUUACUAAAAGUUACAAAUUGUCAAAUACAAAAGCAUUUUUAAGGCAUCUAAAACGACAA